GAGAGAAAGAAGGAGGCAGGACGGAGUCACGAAAACAGCUAGUCAUUAUCAAAAUAUCUCUUCGAACCACAUUUACUCUGCCACGCCAUUGACUGCUAUGGGACAUGGCAUCUAAUCUCUGUAAAAGUUUAAAACUCUUGAGGUAGUCAUAGGUUGGGGGAUUACUUUUGUCACCGGAAAGUUUUUCUUCUUCGUCCAAGCUCGCUGUAAACUUUCUGCUUGUUUUGUUUGCUCGGUACCUGUGUGUGCGGAAGGAGUUUUUGUCGUCCCCUCUGCUGGAUUUGUUGCGGGAGAGAUGAGUGACAGGAGACGAUCUGCCGCCGCGCUGAGCUCGAGAGCGCACGCCUUCUCGGUGGAAGCCCUGAUCGGGACGAACAAGAAGCGGAAGCUCCGGGGCUGGGAGGAGAAGGAGCUCGAGCUCUCCAUGGAGAGCCUCGCCACGAACGGACAAUUAGGAGACGGUGACGAUCCUGCGCAUUGUCUGGAUAUCGACCCGGAUUCGGAGGCCAGUCCCGGCUCAGACGGCGAGGGUUUGGCCGAGCGGACGUCCUGCUCUUUCGGAUCCCCCGCCGACUUGGCCCCCGCCGGUUGCGACCCUUCGCCCUCUGCGUCCAUGGAGGACAUCCAGAUGGAGCUGCAGUGCGCUGAUCUCUGGAAGCGCUUCCACGAUAUCGGCACGGAAAUGAUCAUCACCAAAGCAGGAAGCUCAACUUAUUUUCCUUGUUUGCAUCAAAUUACUGACGUUUCUGAGAAGAGGAUGUUCCCUGCUAUGAGAGUGAAGAUCGUGGGUCUAGAUCCCCAUCAGCAAUACUAUAUCGCCAUGGACAUCGUGCCUGUGGACAACAAGAGAUACAGGUAUGUGUACCACAGCUCCAAGUGGAUGGUGGCGGGCAACGCCGACUCUCCAGUGCCCCCGCGGGUCUACAUCCACCCAGACUCGCUGGCCUCUGGGGACACCUGGAUGAGACAGGUGGUCAGCUUCGACAAGCUCAAGCUCACCAACAACGAGCUGGACGACCAGGGCCAUGGAAGAGCUGAGGGCAAAGAGCAGAAACCGGCAGAGAUCAUCCUCCACUCCAUGCACAAGUACCAGCCACGUGUGCAUGUGAUCCGGAAGGACUUCAGCAGUGACCUCUCCCCCACCAAGCCUGUCCCCAGCGGCGACGGGGUCAAGACCUUCAGCUUCCCUGAGACUGUCUUCACCACCGUAACAGCCUACCAGAAUCAACAGAUCACUCGACUGAAGAUUGACCGUAAUCCAUUUGCAAAGGGAUUCCGUGACUCAGGAAGAAACAGAACUGGUUUGGAGGCCAUCAUGGAGACCUAUGCAUUCUGGAGACCGCCCGUGAGGACUCUAACUUUUGAAGACUUCACUAACAUGCAAAAACAGCAAGGUGGCAGCACAGGGACCUCUCCCACCACCUCCAGCAAUGGCACCCCGUCCCCAUCCGGCGCGGCCCACCUGCUCUCCCCGUCCUGCUCCCCGCCCACCUUCCACCUGGCCCCCAACACCUUUAACGUGGGCUGCCGCGAGAGCCAGCUCUGCAACCUGGGCCUGUCCGAGUACCCGGCGUGCGCCCGCAGCAACAUGGCCGCCCUGCAGGGCUACGGUGGCCUGGCAGCCGACGGCUCUUACGGCCGCCUGCAGACAGCAGGGGGCGGCGUGGCUUCCGCCCAGGCCUCCGACUCCUUCCUGCCCCAGAGGACUUCCUCCCUAAUCGCCGCGGGCAUGCAGGGGGGAGGCGGCGGCGGGGCCGGCAGCGGUGGAGGAGGAGGCGGUGGCGGCGGCGGAUCCAAGAUGGACGCCUACGGCGGCCAGUUGGCGUCGUUCCCAGCCUCGCAGCUGCAGUACGUCAUGCAGGCGGGCGCAGGGUCCGGCUCUGGGUCAUCCUCAUCGCCCGGCUCGUCCCCGUCCUCAGCCCACAUGUUUGCCGCCGGUGGUCACCACCAUGUGCAGCAAGGCUCCUACAACGCCUUCUCCCUGCACAACCCCUACAACCUGUACGGAUACAACUUCCCCACCUCGCCGCGCCUGGCCGCCAGCCCAGAGAAGCCGCAGGGCGGCCUGCUCUGCUCCUCCUCUGGUGGGGCCGGGGCUUUCGCAGAGCGCCAGUACCUGCCCGCUGGCGGGAUGGAGGGCAUGCACAUGAUCGGCAAUCCCACCGGUGGCCAGCAGGGCGGCGCCACCUGCGACGGCCGCCAGUACGGCUCCUCCUCCCAAAUGUCCAUGCACAUGGUGUAAACGGCCACCGAGAGAGAGAGAGAGAGAGAGAGAGAGAGAGAGAGAGAGAGAGAGAGAGGAGAGAAGCGACAGAUCGGCAUUCUUCCAUCAAACGGGUUGUACGUUUGGGAACGAUUGCCGUCACCCCCCCUUUAGCAACCCAAUGCCCACCCACCUCAAUCCAAUCUCCACCCCCGCUGGGAUACUCUGUAAAAGCAACAAAUCAGUAUGGACAUUGUCUCUCCUCUAAAACAGUUAUAUAACACUAUGGGUGGGCCAUGGGAACCAGGGGAUUGAAGCACAUUGCUGUGUUUUUUGUGAUUUUUUUUAGAUGGUGAAAUUCCAAAGCCGUGUUUAUUUACUGUUUGUUUGUAUAAAAAAGGUUAAUAACUGGCCUUUUAAAAAGGGGACAUAUAUAAAAAAAAUCAUCUCAGUACAUACAUGUAUGUGUUACAUUUUAAUCAGUGGGACAGUGUCAUGUUGGGAGGAAAGAUUGUGAUAUUUAAAUAGCUCUUAUAUUGAAAUGUUUUCAAAAUGGAUGGAUUAUGUGCAAGCUCUGAUGGACUUUUUUGACCCCAUCCCAACACAACAUUUCUCCUGAACCCAGUAAAAGAGGGUACAAAAUGGUGGAGAUCCCCCUGAAGUCUCCAGGGAAGUUCUUUAUCCUUUGGAGGAAUGUGCAGAUUUUAACCCACAUGGAUCUCUUAUGGUGCAAUAGAGACGGUGAAGCAUCGCAGUGGGGUGUUCAGGGAAUACACCCUACCCGAAAACCACACACACACAAACACACACACACACUCUCUCUCUCUCCUUAGACUCCCGUUGAUCUGACAGAGAUACAGAGGGAGAGAGAGAGACCGACAGAGACACUUUUGCUCCUGCUGAUCUGACAGAGAGAGAGAGAGAGAGAGAGAGAGACAGAGACAACAGAAGUAAAGAGAGAAAGAAAAAGAGAGAGACCAGAGAGCACUGUUGGGUUUUCGGUACAUAAACGCUGCCCCAUCUGAGUGCUGAGCUGACAGUCUUUUGAUGGACACAGUUAGUGGGUUCGGCUUUUGGCGAGGGUCACAUGAUAUGGAUAGAAGAGAGCGCGCGGGGCAUCGGCCACCUCAAGAGCCCGACCGCUGCAGUGACUGAUCACAGACUAGUGGAGUCACAGACGAUAAAACGGCUUCAACCAUGAAACUGUGAGUGACCCUGGAGUCUGAGCCGCCGGGCUGAUUCUCUGGGGAAGGAAGAGAGGAAGAGAGCAUGGCAAAGAGAGGGAAAGAGAGAGAGAGAGGGGGAGAGAGGGGGAGAAAGAAAAGAACAAAAAAGACUAUAUGCCAAUGGUGGCUUUUAGAUUCAGUGGGUAUGUAACAGAUUCUCAAGGGAAACCCUGGAAGUGUUGAUACCCUGUUUUGAGUGGAUGAUAUUUUUAAGCAUAUUACCAGUGAUGAAUGCACGCAAUACAGUAAGCUUUUAAGUUGUUGUGUGAAGAAAAAAAUGUAAGGUUUAGUAGGAAAAACAGAGUUAUUAUGUUUUGGUGUGUUGUAGAUAAAUGUAUUUAAGUGCCACGCAAUAAUACAAUUAUAUGGCCAGUUUUUGGUGAUGUUACAAAACAAAUAGUGAGUAAAAAAAUAAUACAUCAUGCAAGAAAAAGAGAACAGAAAAAAAGUAAAACUAUUUUCAGAGGCCUUUAAAGAACUGUAAAUACAAGUGCCAAGCACAACAAGUUCAAUAAACCUUUUAAGUCAUUUA